GGAUAGCAUCGGCGGCCCUGCCAGCGGCGUGGCGACCCCAGCGGGCUCAUUUCGGUUCGAUCUCCGCAACCGCGCCACCCCGGACCCCAGCUGUCGAUGAGUAGGCCAGCAGCUCCUCACACAACGCAGCCUCCCAUUGCAGCAGAGGUGGAGCAUCGGCUGCAGCUGGAGAAUGAGCCGUCCUUCAUUAGUGUGAAGUGGGUCGGGGGAGGCACGUCUGGUGAGGUGGUGCACGGCAAGUGGAAGGGGAGGCCGACGGCGUUCAAGGUCUUCAAACUGGACCAGCAUGGACGAAUAGACGCCCGGCAGGAAAGCAGUCGGCUCAACCACAUCAAAGUCGCAGAUGAGCCGCAGCUCUGGCGCAGCAGCGUCCCCUUCCCCAUGCCGUACGCUGACGCGCCUAUCAGGGGGCAGCUGACCAUGGCCGGACAGAAGCCAAGGGACCGCCUUGUCGUCCCCAUGGAGUACCUCGGUAGGUGCGGGGUGGGUCAUCGAGGGGAAAGAUGCACUCACGGCACGGACAGAUGGAGAGAUCCCACACUACUUGCCCACAUCGCCUUCUGUUCCUGUGCGUGAACCUGUGUGUGUGUGUGUGUGUGUGUGCAGACACUCCGCCUUACCUUACACUGACGGGCCUCAUCCGGACUGGCUUCAACGUGCCCUCAAUCGCCAAGAACUACCCCAAUACCAACAGCGAAGACGAAAUCGAGAGACAAGAUGAGCGGAUCGACGUGGCCGGCAGGCUGCUGGAGCUGCUGGCUGUCAUGCUAGUCGUCGUCCGUGCGCACCGCGCCGCCUACGCCCUUGGCUUCGUCUGCACCGAUCACGUCACCAGCGACACCUUCCUCCACGUCGACCUUGUCGAAGCCGUCAAAUGGGAUAAGGUCGCCGAUCUCCCCGGCUCGAUACCCACCAUCGGCAAGCUGGUCGACACCAUCGCCGUCGUCCUCCUCACCACCCCUCUCCCCCCUCUCCCCCCUCUCCCCCCCACCCCGUCAUUCCUCGGCGACAGCAUUGCCACCGUGCCCUUCCGCUACGAGCGCCGCAUCGAAGUGUCCCAGUUCCCCACUGGCAAGCCCUUCCAGGAGUCCCCAGAGGUGGCUGUCUAUGCCGUCGAAGACUACAAGCAGAAGGGCCUUCUGUCGGACCUCUUCGGCAACAACAGACAAAGAGAGAUUGACGACAUCGUCAAGGCGGAGGAGGCGCUGCUGGCUCGGUGGCGGCCCCUCGGGCUUGUGGUAUCUGACAGCGGCGGGCAGGGAGGGAGCGGGGAGGCAUGUGUCAUCGGCAGACCGACCUCGACGUUCAACCUGGGCAUGUGCCUCCAGACCCUGUUUAGGGGGGAGACGCUGCUGGACUGGUCUUGCGGGGUAGCGGCGCCAGAGGAGGUCACUGAGACGGAGGCCCAGAAGGCCGACCGGGAGCGCAGCGAGUGCGCUGCGGGCAAGAAGGCGCUGUUCGAGUGGGAGAAGACACUGGCCGACAUCUGCGACGACAAGGGGUACCCCGUGCUGAGGGAGGGGGUGGAGUCGCUGAGGGAGAGGGCCGACAGGGAGGAGGGCAUGCAGUGGCUGGCAGAGGUCCUCGACCCCAUCGCAAGCCUCUCGCGCAAGGCCAUCUCGACGCACCCGGCUGACCGAGGCCAUCCAGAGGACCUCGAGAACGCUGUCCUCGCCGGCCUGCAGAGACUGCGGACCGUCAUAGUUCGGCUGAACGUACACACAAGACCCACCCACUCACUCAACCGCUGUUGUCGGUAUCCAUAGGUUUGUGUGUUAUGCUCACAGGCCGAGUGCGCCAAUUGUAUGGCGGCGGCCGCACAUGAUACCGCUCAGGUACGCCGUCCCCACACACGACGCUCAUGUGGCUGGAUGACGAGACUGGUGGCGUGGCCUGUGGUGCCUGUCAGGAGGAUCUAUCGGUGCCUGCGGCCACUGACCAACGAGAGCCGGCGGUCAGCCCAACCAGACACAGAUUUGGGAAUGAGUCCGUGCAGAUGUGCACUGUGUUGAUUGGGUGCAGUUGCAGCGGGAGGACUUGGAGCCCAUGCCGGCAGGCACCGCAGCUGAUGAGAGACAGGUGUGUUGCACACCAGCACACCCACACACAUCUGUGGAGUUGAUCUGUGUGUGGGUGUGCUCUGCAGGUAGACCCUGACGGUCGACUUAGCAGCAUUGCCUUCGUAGCGUUGAGUUUGCCGAUGACGGAGCUGGCCGACAAGUGCCGGCGGGAGCCGGCGGAGCGUCGCAUGGCCUUAGUCCACGAGCACAAGCAGCAGAUCGUCGAUUACAUUAGUGAGUGGUUGGUUGGUUGGUUGGGCGAGAGAGAGAGAAGCGAUGAGCUGGGGGUGGGGAAACCUUUCUACCUCCCUCUGUGUCCCAAUCUGUUCCAGCUUACGUGGAAGGGCACCACACGGCGGGCAGACUCCGCCCCCACAUGUGUGGUGUGGUAGUCGAGACAAUGAUGGCCCUCAUCAAGGCGGGCGGGCUGUACGCCCCACCGACACCGGCACCACCACAGGUCAUUCACAUCUACACGCAACCACAUGGAAGUCACAAUCAACGAGUCCAAUAUUGAAUGGGCUCAUUGCUUUCGCCGUGGGUAUACAGGGUCCCCCACCUGCGCCCGCCGGAGGAUCGCCUUGCCGGCCGCAGCAGACGUCCAACCACUCAAGGACUUCUCCACAAGUACUUGCGUAGAGAAAGUGGCUGCCUGUCUGCCGUCUUUUGAUGGUUCUCGUGUUGUGCUGUGCCGGUGUCAGGUUGCCAGUGGUGGAGGGUCGAUGUGUUCGGUGACGGCAUUCUCGUGCCUGCAGGUCAUACACACACAAACAGACACAUACGGACGGACGGACAGAGAGACAGAGAGAUCGACAUCCAUCCAUCCAUUCGCGUAUCUCUCUGUCUGUCUGUCUGUCUGAUUUCAGCCCCGGGCGUCCUCGCGGCCAGUGCCUCAUCCACCUUUCUGUCCUGCCCUGGCCCCACAGCCUGCAGCCGUCCAGCCUCGCCCCCCAUCAUCCCACGUCAAGAGGCGCCUGCGGGGCGGAGGAAGCUGUGGACGAAAGCCCUGGGGGAGGGUUUGGUGAUUGACACAGAUGAGGUGGCCAGCGACGGCAAGUGGAGCAUGGACCAUGUCAGGGCCUUCACUGCACUUCGUGGGGGGGAAGCCGUAUGGCCCCUCGACUGACAGACAGGACGGAGGGAGGGAGGGAGCUGUACAGCGAUGUGUCGCUGUGUAGCGGACGGCACGAUGGAUACACGCCUUCCUUGUGUUGUAUCUAUCGUUUGGAUCGGCUGGUGUUCAGUUCAUGGGGUUGGUGUGAC